AAUUUUUUGUUUCAUGUUCAUGUAGUUUAAUGAAAGAUCAGUCACUUUUCUAGCUGAUGCCCUGUUUUCUGUUCAUUACUGUAUUUUCAAAUAUUAUUGUAACCGCCCCUAACUGAGUACAGUUGAACAAGGCUCAUUGUACUGCCCCCCAUUUAACCACCAGCCUCGCUUACCGACAGGUUUUGUCAAUGUACGAAAAGAAUUCCUUAUAUAAUCAUUGUAUUUGCACCUUUACACUGCCCUCCACCAACUGUCUCAGUUGUGCGGUCCUUAUUUGACUAAGUAUAAAUUUAUUCCGUUAUACUGCCAGCGAACUGGCCGCCAGAGCCACACACACACAGUACACACAAAGCUACACACAACACAUGGCACAUCCACUGGAUGGUUGCUUUACAAAUAUUUCACUCACAAGUCUCUACGGGCCAGGCCUAAGUCUAGAUCAAAUGCUUUUCACUGAUUUGCUCCCUCCCCAUCCUUGUCUGUGUCUUAGAUUUCAGGCAAUAUGGAUAGAUCUGUAGUGAUGUAGUGUGUGGCAAGCGAACACAAUACUGUGUGUCAUUUAGAAGAGUACAAUUAAAACAAAGCAUGACUUUGUACUUCAGCAUCAAAUUUCGCUCCCCGUGUGAUGCUCUAAUUAUGAAAAUAUGCUUAUUAUCUUUAGGCCUUGGUCAGUAUUCUUUUAAAAAGUGGAAUUCAAUUUUAAGUCACCCGAAGAAACUUUAAAGGAACCCUGCCAUCUCCUUCCCCCCCGUCAAAAUACAUGUCACCAGUCAGCCCAAAAUAACUUACAGGCUGAAAAAUGCUUUGGGCUGGGGCUUUUAUUUAGUGAAGACUCUCGCUCACGUCUAAGUGACAGAUCGCAGGGAGAUAGUGCAUUACUUCAUCUAGUGAUCGAUAAUAAUCAAGUUCCUUUGACGUUGAGCAGUCGGUGCUUUCAUGUAUUUAACAUAAGACAUGAAUACUUCAUUGUACUGCCAUCCCCACAGCACUGUCAACUUCAUGCUCGUCCCAAGAUUAAGAUAUUCUAUCAUAAUGGCUGCUGCUCGAAAACCUAUGAGGCUUAAAGAACUAGAGGGAUACUUACAAGAUGUUGAAGUUUUUGAAAAUCCCAAAGUCAAAUUGGAGCAGUACCCUACUACUCCUCACAUUGCUGCUUGUAUGCUUCACACAAUAACAUCAACGUACGAUGAUUUGGUUGACAAAACUGUUGCAGAUCUUGGUGUUGGCUGUGGUGUGUUAAGUGUUGGAGCUUCCAUGCUCGGCUCUGGAUAUGUUCUUGGAAUUGAUAUUGACGAGGAUGCUUUAGCAACUUGCUCGGCGAAUCUCGAUGAGUUUGAAAUGACCAAUAUAGAUUUGUUGGAGUGUGAUGUGAAGUCUCUGGCGAGCUCAGAGGUUGUGAACAGGCUCCAUGGAAAAUUUGACACUGUCAUCAUGAACCCACCUUUUGGAACCAAGCAUAAUCAAGGUAUAGAUAUGGUGUUUUUGCAAGCAGGUUUGAAAUUGUCUACAAACAGUGUGUACUCUUUACACAAAACUUCAACACGAGAGCAUAUACUGAAGAAAGCGUCUGACUGGGGUGUUGACGUGACUGUUAUAGCUCAACUGCGCUACGACUUGGCCAACACAUUGAAGUUUCACAAAAAAAAGGCAGUUGACAUUGAAGUUGAUUUUUACAGAUUUUCUCAUAAAAGAUGACAUUUGAAAAAUAGUCGUGAUAACUGAUUCUUUUGUUGUUGGUGUUCUAUAGGGGUCAGGUUAGUGCAAGCCUCUUUUCAAAUUGUAAACAAAACAUUUUGAAAUUCACACCAAGCCCUUUUUUCCGCUGAAACCGACAUUCUGUGACAAACUAUGGAUGGACAAUGGGUGAGUGUCACCAUGGUGUCGAAUGCAUAAAAUGAUACAUGAAUUAUCGCAACAUAUACAAAUUUUGCAGAGACUCUUCCUCCAUAACUAAGUUGUUAUUCUAGUUGCAUUUGUGGGUAGCGAACAUCACUGCCGUUGCCGUGCCUGUGUCGGUCAAAAGGCGACGACCGCUCACGGCCUCUACUGCACCCCUGUCGGUGGCGUACUUUCCUCUUUAUUUCUACUAAUUGCCGACGCAUAAGCGGCAACGGCAUAGCCCAAUUACUAGAGUAACGUCCCUUUGACCACUCAGAACAGUUUCACUUUAUUAGAAUGAUUUCCCUUGAAGUUCUGCCUAUUUUUGGAAUGGGAGUUCCCUUUGUCCUAUUUCUGGGUUUUGUUUUGAACGUCUGGCAGCUGAAGUCGGAAAAACGCUCAUGCCGAUACGAAUUGAAAACGGCUCGUAGUUUCAGAGAUUCUGAAUCCAUUAUGAUUCAUUGAACUCAGAUUGAGAUGAUGAAGUGCAAAAUAAUGGUAGUGAUGGUAGUUUGAGAUGAGAGAAAGAGGUAGAUCACCUCUCGACAGCAAUAGGAGCUAGAUCUAGCACUAAAUACUAGAUCUAGUACUGAGUCUAGUACGACGACUAAUGAUUCAAGUAGUGACGCUUGAAAUAGUGUAGCCCAAGUCGUCGUAAACUUAUCAAUUUAGUUUUCUUUGUUUUGUUACUUAUUUUUGUGUGUAUUUUAGAACAGAAACUUCUACGCUCUCAUCAAAACAGCAAAAUAUUGUACUGGCUAGUUUGGCUUACUUUUAAAAAGUUUUAGUUCCCAAAAUUUGUCAUUUUUUGAAAAGCUAUAAAACAUGAUAUGAACAAAAUAACAUAGAGUCAGAAUUCUUUCUGUUCUGUAAAGCUCAACAUCUCGUACUGAAACUGCCAAAUUUAAUAAAUCUAACAUAAAUAAUAAGUACAGAGUAACUGGAUUUUGAAAAAGGUAAAAAAAAAUCUGGCAUGCAGCGGCUUUUUCUGAGCUGAGGCGCCGGCAGCGAGUGAGUUGAAUAAAUUGGUCUUGCGAUAAAAUACACUCUGACAUUUUCAAGUGUUUGAAUGUGGGGUAGAAGAUGCUUCUCAUUUCGCAUCAACGGCUGAAGCACCACAGACUGAAGAUGGCCAACCUGUGGAUGUUUUCUUGACCUACCUGCAAAAAGAGUACUUACAACCCACGUCAAAAUUCCCUCCUACACUUAGGGCCAGCCAGAACAUCAGUUUGCACACAGGCUGUGAAUCCUUCCAUUGCCACUUCUCCAAGAGCUUCAAUAGCUAUCACCCGAAUAUAUUUGUCUUUGUUGAAGCACUUGAAGAGGAAAAACAAUUGUCUAGAGAUCAAACUUCAAUCCUUGUUUUCCUCUUCCGUCUUGCCACCAAGGAAAAUACAACAAAAUAAUGACACUUGAAUUCCUUUAGACUGUUGCCUUCAGUAUGCUGCCAGUUUAAUGAAAUUUAAAAAGGUGGUCUUAAGUCAAGCCAAGGCCUUUAAUAGAAUUUGUAUCCUUUACAAUAAUAAACAGCAUUCCAUUUCUAAUGAGGCCUCACAUUCAUAAUUACCAAGAGUGACAUAAUUUCUGUGUGAUAGUCCCAAGUCUAAGACAGGAAAUGGUGAAAGUAUAGCCCAACUUUAAGCAUGAGUCUGAUAAUUUGAUACUCUAGUCUAAUGUGUAUUCCAAUAUGCUUCACCUUUCUGAUAGAAAAAAGUUGUGUUCGAUAUCAUUUGAAAUGAGUUCAGAGAAAACCCCAAUGAGUUGAGAUCGAGGAUCAAAGAUAUGAACCCGAUGAAAUCAAAUAAAAAUGUGUUGAGAUUGAGUGUAUUGGGUCAGAGGGUGCCUACAGUAGUGGUCCCACUCCUGUACUAUCCAUCUGUUAAACGAACAACUCAAUAUUCUUCUACUCCUUACAUGGAACAACAAAACCACUGAAACAGACAUGCACUCUCUACUACACACAUUGUAUUGGCAGGAGGGAAGAUUAGUAGAUGCUUUUAUAAUAAAAACUAAAACAACUAUACCAUCAAAUAAAUGGUAUCCUGUCACUGCCAUUUCAUUAACUAAAUUUUGGGAGCAAUUUCAGUAAACAGGGUUUUUCAACCCAAAAAAGAGUUUUGGUCAGCAGGCUCUGACUAAAAAGUCUGAAAAUUUUUCUGUGUAAAAUUCUAUGCGCGGUGGGCGGCAUUUCAUUUAAAACAGAUAAGAUAUUAACAUGUGGCAAAAUAUUUAAUGCAUAGGCCUAGGCCUAUUAUUAGAAAAGCCUAAAUAUAAAAAAAAAAAAUAGAUCUCACCAAUAAUUGCAUAUUGAUGCGUGUAAUGGAUGGGGGAAGGUCUUGAAAGAAAUUACUUUCUGCUCUUGGAGGAGGUGCCAGCCAGUUUUUGACCCCUCCCUCUUUCUUGACUGUGAGAGUAUUUCUUUUCUUUGGAAGUCUGCUAGAGCAUAAAGGCUUGUAGCUGUUUUUUUUCUGUUUUUGCUUUUUAUUGCUUUGUUUUUCCAUCUGCUAAAUGCAGUUUGUUUUGAUUAUUUGGAUUGCUUAAAUACUAGGUAGGCUACUUAUUUGUUCGUAAAAAAAAAGAAAAGAAUAAUGCUCAGCUCCAACCGACCAACCGGAAAUGCACAAGAGUUCAAUGACCCGUUCUGGUCUUCCUUCAGGCUUAGCCAGUGUCAGGUUACAAUUUUCCGACCAGGCAGGAAACAUUUUCAUGGCUCUACCGAUCUCGGCCAGAAAAGCUGCGAAAGCAGGAUUUCGGCUUAAGCCAGAAAACUGGCAACCCUGCUGAAUACCAAGGUGUAUUUUAUCGGACCAUAUUGCUGUAAGUGCUGUGUGAAUGUGAUUUAGAGUGAUUGGUUAUAUAUGUGAAUUGUUUUCAUAAUAGGUGUUCAUUCAGUCUAUGAUUCCCUUGAAUUGUCUGACAAUAUUUGUAGUAAAAAUAAACUUUUCUGUAUCAAAAUUA